AAAAUUUCAAGUCCAGGAAGUCAUCGGCAGCAACCGUCAUGGAAAGCAGCGAAAGAACGACGAUUAGACAAAGGGCCGAGUCCAUCAUCAAUGACAGGCUUCAAGACAAGAAGACAUAUCUAGCCCAAGCCGAAAAAAUCGUCGCCAUUCUCAACAGCGCAUGGCACGCCGGUAGCCUCGAUCUGAGGCAAGACGAGUUCUGGUCCCAGAUUGAGCAGUUGGAACGCUUAAUCACAGCCUUGAGAGGAGAUGUUGUUGUUAUCCAAACCUCUUGUCACGAACUCAGCGGUAGACUCAUUGAUAAUAUGAUUUGGCAACAUGACCGAGCAAGGCUGUCUUUGUUUGCCUCGAGGGAUGCGGAUGCCCAAGAAAGGUCUAGAAGGAGGGUUUUUAAGGCAUAUGAUGCAGUAACUCCGGAUUCGGAAUGGUGUGUCAUCUCUGGAAAAUACUUCAAGCCAUCUCUUGUGAAGGCAGCCCAUAUUGUUGGGUACAAUGUGGGCGAACCCUCUGCGCGGCACCUGUUUGGGCCACCUCGUGACAAAGAUGGCCACCUAAUGGCAGCUAAGAACGGCAUCCCAAUGCACCACGAGCAUGAAAGGCUUUUCGACGAUGCACGGUUGGUCAUCGUACCAGAGGUACAACCAGAUGGAAACCCACGAAAAGGCUGUUGGAAAGUAUAUUGCCUCGACGAACCCGAUACCUAUGAAGCGUCUCCGCAUUUCCCAUCUGGUCGUGAGCUUCAUGGGCGCUCGUUGCAGUUCCGGAACGAGUUUCGACCCUCUGCUCGAUACUUAUACUUUGCGUUUUGUAUGAGUAUAUUGAGGAGACAACGGCACCAGGUCCCCGGCUGGUGGCAGGAUUACCUCAUCGAUGACGUGGGAAAGGCUUGGGCAACGCCGGGCACUUACUUGCGCACUUCGACUCUUCGGAGACUUGCGCACCAAGUCGGUCACUUGACCGAAGAGGAGGCGGCCGAAUUUGCACCUGGAUCAGCUAAUGAGGAUGAAGGCGUGGAGAUGCUAAUAGAUGCCCAAGUCGAGCUAUUAGUCGCAGCCUACCAUGACCAGAAUUCGACCACUCCUGCCACCCACAAGGGUGAGAGUCUCUCGAGACGCGAUAAUCGAGAUAACGAGAGAUAUGAGGAGGAUGAGGAGGAUGAGGAGGAUGAGGAGGAUGAGGAGGAUGAGGAGGAUGAGGAGGAUGAGGAGGAUGAGGAGGAUGAGGAAGAUGAGGAAGAUGAGGAGGAUAAGGGGGAUGAGGAGGGAGAUGAGGAGCAAUUUGUUGUUGUGACCUAA